GUGAAAUCUGAAACUCUGAGCAGAGCUCCGUCAUCACAGCAUCCAUCCAGACAUAGCCGGACCUGCCCGCUGCCUUAACCCCAGGAUCCUAACCUCCAGGUCGGACAUGGACAACGCCAGAGCCCCCUCCAACACGCUGGUGCUGGAGUUCAAAGAAGACCCCACACUGACAGAGAUGAUGCGUCUGCGUGUGUCGUCGCUGCAGCGCUCGGGUCAGAAGCGUCAGGACGGCGAGCGUCUGCUUCUCCCCCACGAGGCCGUGUACCGUCUGGACUUCCCCACCCAGGAGCUCAACUUCUCCCGCUGGUACUUCUCCCUCGCCGCCCACGGCCGCGUCACCAUCACCGGCAUCUCCCAAAACUGGACCCCCGACCUCACCCACCUGAUGACCCGUCAGCUACUGGAACCAAUUGGCACGUUCUGGCGAAACGCCGAGGACCCGGAGGACUCCCCGCUCAAGUGGCUGGAGGCGGACAUGCAGGAGUUCGGCGAGAGGAUCGCCGAGCUGGCCAAGGUCAGGAAGGUCAUGUACUUCCUGUUUGCUUUCAAGGAUGCCGCGGAGGCCGCGAAUCUCAGCUGCUCGGUGGAGUUCACACUAGACAAAUGACGCUUCACUGUUUGUCAGUAGAAUCCUUUUAGCGCUGGAGAAGCAUCGCAAUAUUUUUGUUCAAUCUUUGACCUUUCGAAAAACAUACAACUAGAGCUGAAAUAAAACCUUUGGAUCUCCUCAAAUUAAAGAAAAUAAAUUUUCAUAUUUUCCCCCAAAACGUCCUUCUCAUCUCUCAGUCUCACUGAUUAAAGUGUAGUUCCACCCUCUUUCUGCACGACUUUUUUCAUUUCGCUACUGUCCAUUCUAUAACUUGUAACGGCAUCUCAACAGCCAACAUUUUAUACAACCACUUAACGAGCCUUAAAGAAAGUAUUUUUCACACAUAUUUAUUUAUGUGUUCUUUAGAGAUAUUUAUUUACUACUAUUUUAUUCAAAUGGAACUAAUCCUGUUGUAUGUUUCAUGGUGCUACUUAAACCUCAUCAAUUAAAAACAAUGAACUGAAAAAAGAUGUUUUAAUUCAUACAGAAAUGUGAGCAUGCAUGAAGAAAAUGUUAACAAAAUAUUAUGGGGUGAGGCUUAACCGUCAUAAUCAGUAACUACAAUUUUAGAAUGUUUAUAACUCAAAACCUUUAAAUAGAAAAGGUUAGGGCCAAUCCCAUUUCAUAUUGUUUGCGUCAUGGAAAUCAUUUUGAAUGUGCAACCCAGCCUUAAAACAAUGUUGUCACGUUAGCGUUGGCUCGCUAGAGACGUCGGCACACCGGCCAAUUUCUGGCGUUUUUUUUGCUCGUUAUAAAGAAACAUUGAAACGACAUGAGACUAAGAUAAUACAAUGUUAUCAUCAUUUUUAAAACCUUUAUUAACAAAGACAAAUCCCAACACUCACUUUGGAGUGUGCCUCUUUGGAGGGCCAUGUAGCCAAAGAGCUGGGAUUGGGGCCUUAUUAGGCUACAAACUGAACUUCCUCUUGUAAA